CCCGCCAUGGCGAGCUUCUUUACUACGUUCUUUCAGUGGCUCAGUAGCCUGUUCUUCUCCAAAAGCGCGGAAAUUGCAAUUGUCGGUCUCCAAGCGUCUGGGAAGACCUCCUUCGUGAAUGUCAUCAGCUCGGGUCAAUGCGAGGAUGUGGUGCCCACGGUGGGAUUCAUCUUCCGCAAGGUUCGUGCACGCCCACGAUCUGUUUGCGUUAUAACACGACGCUCGCCGGGCAGAUACGCAAAGGGAACGUGACAU